AUGUCGUCCGUUGCAUCUCUAACAUUGAUAUCUCAACAGUUUACAAUUUACUUUGGCAUUCCAGUCUUUAUCAGUGGUCUUAUUGGAAAUUGUUUAAAUAUUCUGAUGUUUUUAUCGAGAAAAUUAUUCCCACCCAGUCCAUGCCAAUUUUAUUUACUUACUGCAUCAAUUUCAAGUUUAAUUGCAAUUGUCAUUCCACUUUCAUUGCGUAUCUUAAUCGGUUUACAAUAUGAUGUAACAAAGACAAACCUAUUUCUCUGUAAAGCACGACAAUAUUUGGGUCACGUUUCCAUAUUAACAUCGUUGACAUGUGUCAGCUGGGCGACAAUCGAUCGAUACUUAAUCAGCUGUCGUGAAGUUCACUUUCGGCAGAUGAGUAAAAUGUCAACAGCACGGUUGCUGUGUGUCUCAACAGUUGUUUUCUGGUCUUUACACGGUUUACCAAUCGUGAUAAUGGUCAACAUUUAUCCAACUGCAGCAAAUCAAACUGUUUGUGUUAAUCGAUCGACAGUUUAUGCAUAUUAUCUAAAUUAUUUUAUCAUUUUAAUUCUCUACAAUCUAUUACCAUUAGCAAUUUUUGUUGCAUUUGGAUUGUUGGCAUGGAAAAAUAUACACAAAAUCCACCGACGACGCAUCGAACCACAGCAGCAACGUUUAUCCACAAAUCAACGUGUACAAAUUGUUAAUGCUAUAAAAUGUACAAAUGAUUCUGUUUCUUCAGUUGGUGGUGGUAUGAAUAGUUCAUCUGAUGAUGACUUUCAAAUAAAGUCGAAAAUUCAUGAAUUUCUAUAA